AUCACAAACAUCCAGCUGACAUCAGCGGUGAACUUUUCCUCAGGAGUUUCUACUGGAGCGACGCUGGCCGUGGGAUGCUUGGGGAUAAUUUAGGAAGAUAAAUAUGUGAAUGGAGCGGCAGCUGUGGCGGAGGAACAUUCCCUUUUUACACAAUAAAUAAAAGAAAUGGCGAAUUCUAGUGCUUUUAAUGAGAGCGCUCCUUUGAUUUCCGCAGAAGCUUUCCGAGCGGAGAUGAUGGAGAAUCCGCUCCAGAACUAUCUCCUGGGAAUCAUCAUCUCCAUAUGUGGGAAUGUCCUCAUCAGCAUUUCCCUCAACAUACAGAAAUACGCUCAUGUGCGUCAGGCUCAGCGCGGCUCCAAGCCCUAUUACAUGUCUGCCUUGUGGUGGUGUGGUGUGGUCCUUAUGGGUGUUGGGGAACUGGGGAAUUUUGCAGCCUAUGGCUUUGCCCCGGCAUCACUUAUAGCCCCUCUGGGCUGUGUGUCUGUCAUAGCUAGUGCGGUUAUAUCUGUGGUUUUCUUGAAGGAGACCAUCAGACCCUCUGACAUUGUUGGUUGCAGCCUGGCCAUAACUGGAACAUACGUCCUGGUGACCUUUGCACCCCACGCAUCUACACACAUCACAGCUCAUCUGGUCCAGUACUAUGCCGUCAGCUGGUACUUCCUGCUUUACCUUUUUAUAGAGGUGGUCGUGUUUUGCAUUCUGCUCUAUCUAUACAAGAAGAGAGGUGUGAAGCACAUUGUGAUCGUGAUGCUGCUGGUGGCCCUGCUCGCCUCUCUUACGGUCAUCUCGGUCAAAGCCGUGUCAGGGAUGAUCACAGAGUCGAUAAAAGGCCAGCUGCAGCUCAUCUACCCCAUCUUCUACGUCAUGCUCGUCGUCAUGGUGGCCUCCUGCGCUUUCCAGAUCAAAUUCCUAAAUCAGGCAAUGAAAAUGUUUGAUGCCACGGAGGUGGUUCCCAUCAACUUUGUGUUUUUCACUGCAAGCGCCAUCAUUGCAGGGAUAAUAUUCUACCAGGAAUUUGAAGGCUUGGCGUUACUGAAUAUUUUCAUGUUCUUAUUCGGCUGUCUUCUCUCCUUUGUCGGGGUUUUCCUGAUAGCCCGAAACAGACCAAAGAUAAAGCAACAAGACCGCACUUUCAUCCCCAUGGAUAGGAUUCCUGGGAGGAGGAGCACAGACAAAGUGCAGCCCGAGGCAAAGAGCCAAACAUACGGAUCGCUGGCAGCCAAACUUAUGUGCAACAGAGCCGACCAAACAGACGAUUCAUAGGAACCAUCUCCAUCUGUCGGGACUGCUGCUGUACUCCAUUAGAGAGUCUGUGUGCAGCUUUUCCAGGGUUCAACCAAAUCUGUUAUUAAAAGCAGCAAAGAGAAGGAGUUAGUCCUUAAAAAGAAGUUUGUCUGCCUUAAAAUGUGUUCCCUUAUUGUCUUCUGGCUGCAUUGAGAUAAAAAAGUGAUGCAUUUCUCUCAGUUCAACAGAUUUUUGUCAGGUAAAUAAACUAAACAGUUUUCUGUGGACAGGUGCUAAAUAUGUUUUAUUAGUCUGAGGUUAUGGUAUACAUCAAAAUAAGUGCACUACUGCCCCCUAAAGGUGGGAAAAUGAAUCCUGACUUCCCCCCUUUACUGUUCAACCUCAAUCAUCUGAUGUAAAUUUACCCAAUUAUUAAAAAAGGAAAAGUCAGCACCAAA